AUGGCAUGCACGCAGGUACCUGUUGAGGUUGCUAGGGCUAUAGGUGAGAGCAUGAGGGGAAGGAAGAGGACGAAAGCAGAAAAGGACAAGCAAAAGGCAGCAUUUGAGGAGGCAGUUUGUGCGACCCGCCCAGGUGGUAUACAGGGGAUUAUGAUAGUGAUUAUGACAGUAAUGACCCAGCAUAUGUGCCUGAUGAUGUGGAAACAGAGGCGAAGGCUAGAGAUUUUAGGCGGGGACAGGCGAGGAGUAUGGCCAGCUUACGUGAUAAGCAAGAGAGACACAGAGGAGGAGCUGGUCCGUCUACGGAAGUUCCAAAAGGUCAUGCAGCGUUCACUAGCCAAGCAGUUGGUGAGCCGAAUCCAACCUGUGGUUCGUCGUCCCUGUGACGUCUUCAUUAACCACAGAAGCAUCGACACCAAACGUACAGUCGCCGGUUUGCUCUACGAUCAUUUCAUACGUCUUAACCUCCACCCCUUCUUGGACAGCAAGAAUAUGAAACCAGGCGACAAGCUCUUCCAGCACAUCGAUUCCUCCAUUAGGGAUUGCAAGAUUGGAGUGGCCGUCUUCUCCCCUACGUAUUGCCGUUCUUACUUCUGCCUUCAUGAACUGGCUCUCCUAAUGGAGUGCAAGAAGAAGGUCAUUCCCAUCUUCUGUGAUGUCAAACCUUCAGAGCUUCUAGGCCUCGACGAUGGAAUUUGUCAGGCCAAGGACUUGAAUAGAUUUAAAUGGGCGAUCGAGGAAGCCAAGUACACCGUGGGUCUAACAUUCGACUCCAGUAACGGGAACUGGUCGGAUUUCUUAAGAAGCGCUUCAGACAUUGUGGUCAAGAGCUUGAUCGAGUUGGAGGCAGAAGGAUGCAACCGGCACUACCCACUCCCAACGUCUACCACCACUUACCUCUUCUAA